CGCACAACGUCUCAACUUCGAGUCCGGCGCCAUGGUGCGAGUCAGGCUAUCCCCGACAGCAAACUUGCUGCGGAAUUCUCGCCUGUUUGCACUUCCGCAGGCUCUGACUCCGCCUCAAGAACAACCAACUUCGAGAACGGUCACUGAAUCCGAUUCCGCAACCCUUCCUCACCCUAUCCGAGCGGCCAUUGUCACACCAGCAUCUUCUCUUCUGAAGGGUGACUGGGGUUUGAAGAGACCCUUGCCGGCAAAGACAACGUCUGCUAGAUCCUCACGGCCUGUGGUUCGACUCAAUGCCCUCGACACCUUUGAACAUACUACGGAUUUCGAAUCAGCGGCGGAUCAUACGGUGACCUUGGAGAAGUUUCAAGAACUCCAUUUGCCAAUGUCCCUCCCUGAGAAAGUCAGCUACUCCACCAGCCAAGCUCCUCGGCACUCGAGUCCUUUCGAAACCCGUUUGGACAACACCGAAACAAGCGCGGGCCUCGACGACCCGGCGGCCAAAAAGUUCCGGCAUUCUGGACCAUACCUCGCCAGUCAGACAGAGGCGGAGUUCCAGGCCUACUUGAAAACUGUGCGCAGGAACAAGCCGAAGAUCAUGGAGAAGUUACGCGAGUAUUUCAUCGCAAAGCGAACCACCGAGCGAAGAAAGCAGGCACAAGACAGCGGGAUUUUUGAGGAAAUCGAUACACCCUUCGAAUUUGUGGAGGAAGAGUUUCAGGCCUAUGUCAAGUCGCUGCGUACGGAUCCAUUCUCUUUAGGUGCAGUGAUCUUUCAGAUCCUGGAUCUCCCACCACCUCCUAUGAUACCUUCCGACAUGAUUGGACAGACGUAUUUCCACCCCCCUGCCCCCAAACUGUCUUCUCCUGAGUAUGUUGCGUCCGGACCUCCGAAGACGCAUCCCUCCGCAGGACUGUCCUACACCAGGUCUCACGCCUUGCUUUACAACCAUCCCAAAUUCGGACCUCAGACUUAUCAACGUCCUGUCGAGGCACGUGUCUUGCGCCCCAAGGGCAAGUUCAAGAACAAGGGAGGAAAAGCGGUUGGCGGUGUUGCUGGUAUCGUUGUGGAAGAUCUCAACGCCAUGGCGUUUAAUGAGCAUGACGGGCCAGCUGGCAUUGAUCAAUUUGACGCCUCCAUCCCUGGUGGUGCCAAGUACUGGGUCAACCCUGUUCGGGCUUCCGUCAAUUCACACGGUCGCAUCGAUUUGGCUAGUUAUCGCGCUACUGUUACGUCUAGAGCACCUUACGGCAUCACAGAGUACCAGAAGCCGAGACCAAUCCAUGUGUCCCGUGUCAUCUCCCAAAGUGGCCAGCGGCAGGUGCCAAGGUUGGAUAGAGCUCGCCCUGUGACUGGCACAUUUGCGGCGUCGGGAGACUUGGGCUCACCAGCGGAUAAUCCGGAGGCUCUCGCACGGGAUCUCAUGAAGAGCUUUACCUAAGUAUGAGCGAGACGUAUCCGAUUUCGUGAUCUUAGUUCUUUUUAUCUCGAUGGUGCAGCUUAUUUCUGCAGCUACUGAGGAAGCUGUACGGUCUGUACGAUUAAGUGGUUUUGUUUUUUGGUCAAUGUAGAGCUACUCCUGUUUUUUUUUCUCUUUUGCUGUUGUAUAAGCACAUUGCGGUCCAUACAUAUUACAUGGUAGCAGAUUCACC